CGGCCACGACGCGCCUGCUCAGUGGCGGAGGCUCGGGCUGUGUGGUUCCCGCCAAUUCUUGCGGCCGUCCUGCUUGGCUUGAGUUGAUGGAGCCGUUUGACCCCGCCGAGCUGCCCGAGCUGCUUAAGCUUUAUUACCGGAGGCUCUUUCCCUACGCCCAGUACUAUCGCUGGCUCAACUAUGGCGGAGUGGUAAAGAAUUACUUUCAACACCGUGAAUUUUCCUUCACAUUGAAAGAUGAUAUUUACAUUCGCUACCAAUCCUUCAACAACCAGAGUGAUCUGGAAAAGGAGAUGCAGAAAAUGAAUCCUUACAAGAUUGACAUAGGCGCGGUGUAUUCCCACAGACCCAAUCAACACAAUACAGUGAAGCUGGGAGCUUUCCAGGCCCAGGAAAAAGAACUGGUGUUUGACAUUGACAUGACAGACUACGACGAUGUGAGGAGAUGUUGUAGUUCUGCAGACAUAUGUUCUAAGUGCUGGACCUUGAUGACCAUGGCCAUACGCAUCAUCGACCGAGCAUUAAAGGAGGACUUUGGAUUUAAGCAUCGUCUCUGGGUAUAUUCUGGAAGGAGAGGUGUUCAUUGUUGGGUCUGUGAUGAAUCAGUUAGAAAAUUGUCCUCCGCAGUACGUUCUGGGAUAGUUGAGUAUUUGAGUCUUGUAAAGGGUGGUCAAGAUGUUAAAAAGAAAGUUCACCUAAGUGAAAAUGUCCACCCUUUUGUCAGAAAAUCUAUAAGCAUAAUAAAAAAAUACUUUGAAGGAUAUGCCUUGGUGGGUCAAGAUAUUCUUGAAAAUAAAGAAAGCUGGGAUAAGAUUUUAGCCCUUGUUCCUGAAACAAUGCAUAAUGACCUUCAACAGAACUUCCAAAAGCAUCACAGUUCACUUCAGCGUUGGGAGUAUUUGAAGAAGGCAGCCAGCCAAUGUCCGAGUAACAUCAAAAAUGAGAAAUGUGGACCCUGGCUUGAGUGGGAGAUUAUGCUCCAGUACUGUUUUCCACGGCUGGAUAUCAACGUUAGCAAAGGAAUCAAUCAUUUACUGAAGAGCCCUUUCAGUGUUCAUCCGAAAACAGGUCGCAUUUCUGUGCCUAUUGAUUUACAGAAAGUGGAUCAGUUUGAUCCAUUUGCUGUUCCAACCAUAAGCUCUAUCUGCCAUGAAUUGGAUGCCAUUUUCACUAGUGAAGCGGAAAAAGAGGAGAACCAAGCUGAAUCUGACAUCAAACAUAGAACCAGAGAUUAUAAGAAGACCAGCCUAGCUCCUUAUGUAAAAGUUUUUGAACAGUUUCUUGAAAACCUGGAUAAAUCCCGAAAAGGAGAACUUCUCAAGAAGAGUGAUUUACAAAAAGACUUCUGAAGAUAACAACACCCCUCAAACCAAUGUGGAUAUCUUCUACCUUCAACCAAGAAUGAAAUACUUCAAGAGCUGUUUAAUAAAAUAAGGCAGAACCAUG